AACCACACACCUGAAAUAAAGAUAUUGCAACAUUAACACCACUGUAUGUCUAUCGUUACAAACCAUCUACAAUACAUCUCUAAUAUCUAGCCUCCAUGUACCAUCUCUCGACCCAGUUUUACACUAUUUUGUGGUAAUUAUAUAGGUUAAAACAUAAUCAAAUAUAAGAUAUCGACAUUGAUUGGUAGACUGACCCGUUUCAAAGCUGUGUAUUCUAUUUUGGGAUGUUCACUUCUACUACACAACGUAAUACAGGAAUGUCUUGCUUCAUCUGCAAAAAGGAUUUCAACAUCAAGCCAGGUACCACAAGUUACCUGAGGCCCAACCAGCUGACUAGUAAAUUACAAGACAGGAAAUAUAAGACAGGAUUACCCAAACCAGAUGUGAAGAUUCUGGAAGCUUUAGAAGAUAUAUCAGAUGGAGAUGUGACAUCGGAACUGUUAAGGAAAUACGCAGCUCACUACAUAUGUCAUGAGUGUCAAGUGAAUCUACGGCAAGCUGUGAAUAAGAAGGCGGAGCUAGAGCACUAUAUACAAUUGUUGAACGAGAGGAUCAGUCCAGUGUCUAACAAAGAUAGGAGAAAUUAUUAUAGAGAAAAUUAUGGAAAAGAUAAGAGAGGCAGAUGUUGGGGCUGCAUGUAUGAGUUUGUUCCGGCUGACUAUAAGAAGAAGCGUAGCGACCGUAUGCAUCUUGCAACACAUGUUGUAGAAGGGAUGAGUGCCGGCGAGGCUAUAAAUAGCUUGUUGGAGCAUGAGGCAGAAACGUUAUUGGGACUUUAUGAAAAGAAGGUCUUUAUAUGCAAGAAGUGUUUUCAGUUAUUACGUAAUGUGAUACGAGCACAGUGCGCAUUUGAUAUUCUUCAGACAAGUUUCAUGACACAAGCAAACAUAAACAGUGUGUUUGCAAAAUUAGUGAAAGGAGAAGUUGUCCCUCCUGAACUACAAACUCUAGAUGAAUCCAUAUACACAGGGAGACUAAAUGAAGGAAUAUCAGGAGGGACUGCUGAAAGUGGCGAGACUUCACCAACUAAAUCGCAAUCCGCUCUGUACCGUAUCACAGCUAGCAGGUACGAUAAAAGGCCUUUUCAUAAAAUGUUGGGAAGUUUACCUGCGGUUCCAAGAAAAAGUGGUAAGAAUCCUAAAAGGCAAAAAGUUUCUCAGGAAGAGGAUAGUGAAGACAGAGUUUCAGAUGUGGAGUUUGACAUUGAUAUGGAAGGAGAAGUGAAAAAAGAAAUGGAAGUGAAUGAGAUUACUGAACCUGAAGACAUUGAAAAAGAUAUGGAAGUAAAUGAGCUAACUGCAUCUGAUGAUACUGAGACUGUGAACAAACAAACCAGGAAAUUAUUAACAAGUAAUACUGAACCACUAAGUGAUGAGUUAGAAAAACAUGAUGAAGAAUCUGUGAAAGCAUGUGAUAAUAAUAGUGACUUCAGUGGUAAUUUUACUUCAGCAUCUUUUGAAAUUACAGAUAAAAAUAAUGCAUGUAAUGUUGAAAAUGUUAAGAAGCAGAUACAUGUGAAAGUGAGUUUACAUGGCACUGAGAUAAAGGCUUUAAUGGAUGAUGGCAGUAAAACAGGAAAGAAUGAGAUUAAUGUAUUAAGGAAUGAGGGCAGUAGAGGAGGCAAGAGUGAGGUAAAGGAACUAAUGUAUGAGAGCAGGCAAGGACAAAAGAGUGAGAUAAAGGCAUUUACUGAUGGGGGCAAUGAAGGAGAAAAGAAUGAGAUGAAGGAACAAAUGGAUGAAGCCGGUAAAGAAGGGAAGAAUGAGAUAAAGACAUUGACAGAUGAAGGAGGUAAAGGAACAAAGGAGACAGUACCAGUAGAUGCAAAUGCCUGCCCAGUUGAGACUGAAUUAUACAAACAAGACAUGUCCGACACUUGGGUACUUUACUAUUAUCCAACGUUUUCCGGCCGAGCAGAAUUUAUACGGCUGAUAUUUGAGGAGACAGGAACACCAUAUAAAGAAUGUGAGGAAACUUUUGCUAGCCUCAGGAAGUUGAUAAUAGAUGGGGAGAUGGAAGGAUAUCCACAUUUUGCUCCACCUAUGAUUAAAAAAGGCAGCUUUCAGGUAUCCCAGACUCCCGUGAUAUGUCGUUACCUGGGUGAAGAACUAGGAUUAUAUCCAGCCACUUUAGAAGAUAAGCUACAUGCAGAACAAAUCAACCAAUGUUGUCAUGACUAUAUUGCUGAAGGUCGACUGGCAUUUCAUGGCAUUAAUCAAGUUGGUCCAUACCUUUCACAGAAAGAAGAAACACAACCGUAUAUAGAUAGAUUUGUAUCUGAGAGGUUGCCGAGGUGGUUAAAAUACUUUGAGAGAGUUCUUGCCUCAAACAAUGGUGGAAAAGGGUUUUUAUUCGGAGAGAAGAUAACUUAUUGUGACCUCGGCUUGUUCCACAGUCUUCAUGCCACUGAGUCUCAGUUUCCCAAUGCUUACAAGUCAGCAGACUAUAUACCACUGCUAAAAGCCUUCAAGGAAAGGAUAAUAGCUAGACCCAGGAUAGCAUCUUAUCUCAAGUCACAGAGAUGGAGGGGAUUCUCUGGAGAUAGCAUGAUGUGAACUUGUUUACUUCUAUUUAUGAAACAUCUCUGUGUUUAUUCCAGACAAUUAGGACUUUACUGUAAUGCAGUUUUUAUUAUCAGACUAGUUUUAACGUAAGUGGUUUGAAAAGGAAGAGUAUGUAUAACACUUAAGUUCCUUAUUCUGGAGUGUUAGUCAAAGGAUUGCUAGAAUUUCUAUCGACUGUUACUGCUGGUAAGAUAAAUUGAACGAAAAUGUGCGUUUUUUUGUUGUUGAAAAUACACACAAGUUAUGAUAAGCCAUUUUAAUAUAUUAAAAGUACAAACACGAUACUUUUUAAUUAGGUUUUCAAAAAGAGAAUGACUUUCUGAAAACAUUAUUAGUGUUUGUAAACAUGAAAUUAGUAAGCAAAAUGUUACAUAAUGAAUUGCUGAUUAAUAAACAUAAAUUGAUGCAAUAA